UGAAACGGUGGCAUACAGACACCUGGAGCUACGGAUAAAAUUCGAACCCGCAAAUCCAGAAACACACCCUCUCUCUCUCUCUCUCUCUCUCUUCUUCUCAUGGCGGCAAAACUUAUGCAUGCGGUUCAGUACGACGCUUAUGGUGGAGGACCUUCCGGUCUAAAGCAUGUUGAGGUUCCGAUCCCAACUCCGAAGAAAGAUGAGGUUUUGCUGAAAUUGGAAGCGGCUACCAUAAAUCCAAUUGAUUGGAAAGUUCAGAAAGGCCUACUGCGCCCUUUUUUACCGAGAAAGUUCCCUUAUAUACCUGUUAGUGAUGUGGCUGGAGAGGUUGUCGACGUUGGACAAGGAGUUCAGAAGUUCAAAGCGGGCGACAAAGUUGUAGCAUUUUUCACCCAGGCUAAUGGAGGUGGAUUUGCUGAGUUUGCAACUGCUAGUGAGAGUUUGACGGUUACUAGGCCGCCUGAAGUUUCAGCAGCCGAAGGUGCAGGGUUACCUAUUGCUGGUCUCACAGCUCACCAGUGUCUCACCCAAGCUGCAGGAGUCAAGCUUGAUGGCACUGGCCCACAGAAGAACAUAUUGGUUACUGCUGCCUCAGGCGGUGUAGGUCACUAUGCAGUUCAAUUGGCAAAGCUUGGGAACACUCACGUGACAGCCACUUGUGGUGCACGCAACAUUGAAUUUGUCAGGAGCUUAGGGGCCGAUGAGGUUCUUGACUACAAGACCCCUGAAGGGGCAGCUCUGAAUAGCCCUUCUGGUCGGAAGUUCGAUGCUGUUAUCCACUGUGCAACUGGCAUUCCUUGGUCCACAUUUGAGCCGAAUUUGAGUCCAAAUGGGAAGGUUAUAGACAUUACUCCCAGUCCAAGUGCAUUGCUUACUUUCGCUCUGAAGAAACUCACCUUCUCCAAAAAGCAACUGGUGCCGCUGUUCGUGAAUGCCAAGGCAGAGAAUCUGGAUUGUCUUGUGAAGUUGGUGAAGGAAGGAAAGCUCAAGACAGUGAUUGACUCAAAGUAUCCUCUGAGCAAGGCUGAAGAAGCUUGGGCUAAGAGUAUUGAUGGCCAUGCUACUGGGAAGAUCAUUGUGGAGCCAUAAAAUAGUUAUAGUAAGUUUGUGUUGUUAACUUCAUGUACUUUGUUGGUAUGUGCUAUAUAA